UUAGUUCUUAUAUGAAUUAUCUAGCUGUUAAAUUUCGUUUUAACACGUGUGAGUUCGGGUAAAUAAAUUGUGCACUUUUAUUUGGCAUACUGUUUCAUUAUAAAUUGGACACAGACAGACGUCCGCGUAAACAGACGGCCACGGAGAAAUGUGGUCACCAUGGGGACGCUCCUGGUGGCGAGUAUUGAUUUCGGGACUACUUUUUCCGGCUGGGCGUUCUCGUUCAAGCACGAGUUCGAGCGUGAUCCGGGCAAGGUUUACGCCAAGCAAUGGACGGGCUCACAAAUAGUCUCUCUGAAAGCGCCAACGUGCGCGCUCAUUCGCCCGUGCGGUGCAGUUUUGGAGCACUUCGGAUACGAAGCGGAAAGUCGGUACUCUGACCUUGCUCUGGAGAAGUUACACGGGGACUGGUUUUACUUUAAACGCUUCAAGAUGAUGCUGUUCAAUAAAAUGGACUUGCACCGAGAUACCGAGAUUGAGGAUGCCAUGGGUAAAAAGCUGCCAGCAAGGAUCGUGUUCUCACUGUGUAUCAAAUACCUCAAGGACGACGCAAUGAAGACGAUCAACACUCGUUUGACCGGGGACGAGAUAAGAGAGAACGAUAUUCGGUGGGUUUUAACAGUUCCCGCCAUUUGGAAUGACGCUGCAAAACAGUUCAUGCGCGAGGCAGCGGAAGAGGCCAAAAUCGACGGACGAAACCUACUUAUCGCGUUAGAGCCAGAGUCUGCUUCUUUAUACUGCCACCAUCUCCCGUCAGAGGUGAGCGCGGGAUCAGUGUCUACAUUCCAGCCGGGAACCAAGUACAUGAUCUUAGAUGCCGGCGGCGGCACAGUGGACAUCACUGUACACCAGGUGGCGCACAACGGCGGACUCGUGGAGCUGCACAAGGCGAGUGGCGGCGCAUGGGGAGGAACCAAGGUAGACGAGGCGUACGAGAAGUUCCUCGAGGAGAUCACCGGAAAUAAUGGUGUAAUGACGCGCUUUAAAGAGGACAACAUGGAAAACUACGUGGAUUUAAUGCGGGACUUUGAAGUAAAGAAAAGAGAAAUAAAUCCUACCGCACAGUGUAACUUCAGGUUACCUUCCUCCUUGAUCGAAAUGAUCAGAGACUUGACGAAGAAACCGUUGAAAGAUUUGAUAGCGACGUCCCGCUACAAAGACAAACUAACGAUCCUGGGAGACAAACUGCGCCUUGCUGGCGAACUCGCCACGUCCUUGUUCGACCUGCCCAUCCAAAGCAUCAUUGCUCACGUGACCUCGUUACUGGAGAAACCGAACGUGACCGAUUGCCACAUCAUCGUCAUGGUAGGCGGAUUCUCGGAAGCGGCGAUCCUUCAGAGCAGAGUGAAGGAAGCAUUCCCACACGUCAAAGUCAUAACGCCGAGCGACGCCGGGGUGGCAGUCUUAAAAGGAGCCGUCAUAUUUGGUCACAAUCCCGGUGCGAUUGCCCAGCGUGUCUUGAAGUUAUCCUACGGUCAAGAGGCGACGCAUCCUUUCACCGAAGAUUGCUUGAAAAAACACCCCAAGGCGGAUCGGGAACGAGAUGAUAAUGGCAUUGUGAGGUGUUUCAACGUCGUGGACAUCCACGCCAGAGCUGGUCAAGCGGUCACCGAGGGUCAGCUGCAGUCGGAGCAAGUGUACACGCCGCUGUACGAUGACCAGCAUGAAAUGGAGAGCGCCGUACUGACCAGUCCACUAGAGGACCCGCAAUACGUCACGGACUGCACGGAAAUCGGGAAGUGGACCUUUCCUAUCAAGGAUGCCGGGAAGAAAGGGAAGGAACGAGAGUUUGGGGUCAGUUUCAUGUUCGGAGGGACGGAAGUAAAGGUGAAGAUCGUCGACAAGGCAACCGGAGAAAUAAAAGAACUACGUCUAAAUUGCUUGGGAUAGAUAUGGUGCGUAACUGUAAUAUAGUCAUUUUGUGUGGGUCGAUACUUUUCACAGCGUUGAAAGUGCUUAACAUCAGUUAUAAUUCAAUGCUCUUAAGUAGCUGUUUAUACUGAGUGUUCAAUGUUGCCAGCACUACCAAGAUUGACGCAAAUAAUCAUUUACUUUGUUCUUGUUUGCGUGUUAUCUAUUCGGACUUUGCUGUCAUUCCUGACGCUAAAAUUAUGAAAAGCAAUUCCUGUUUAAGUAUUAAUCAUAAUUGUGAGGUAUGUAUGUUUACUGCUUAUUUCAGCAAAAAUGUGUUUUUGAUUCAUGCGUACGUGUUUUGUUGUUGCUUCUGUGAAACCGGUGGAGUUUUGAAAGUGAAUUAUAUUGUUAUACGAAUGCUGUAAUUAAGCUAAAUAGUAUACAUUAUUUUAUUUUUUUUGUCAAAUGCUGUGAUGUAGUGUCAGUUGAAUUUGUUGUCGUGUACAUUGCUUAUACAUGAGUAUUUCAACUUCUAUUUCUUUAUUCAUAGCUACAAUUAAUGAAGGUCAAAACGCAUUAAAAUCGCACGUAUUUAAGAAAACAUACAGAAUAAGCUUUCUGUUCAGCCUUCAAUGUGUUGAUGUUAUGUAAAAAAUGUCUUUAUGUGACACAUGAACCUUUGGAGCUAAACAGCCCAAGUAUAAGGACGGUGGAAAAAUCUAAAUCUACAAUGCUACCAUAUCGGUUCAACUUCAGACAUACGACCUCGAUAUCAAUCAGCUUAACACAUGCAAAAUCUUUUAAGUUCAAUGUGCGAAUCUCAUUUCUGAUUCGUAUACAACGAUAAUUUUCCAGAUAUUAUCAACAAUAUAACGAAAACAACAACAACAAAACAAAACAGAAAUAAUAUUAAUUAGUCCACAGUGUUAGUGGUUAAAAAAUCUUCUAACUUCAAUGAGCAAAUAAUCUUGAGCAACAAUACGGUAUUCAACAAAGAAACGGAUGUAGACGUGCUUUUGCUGUGUGUGUGUGUGUGUGUGUGGUGUGGGGGGAGGGGUGCUCACGGCCGUUAAUCACGCGCGCCACCUCUUUUUUUGAGAUUCAUUAAUAAAUGAGCCAAUGCAACUUCCGAGGUGGCGCUCAGGCCCGGAUGUUUUGAAAUUUCAUGGAUAAUUUUACAGGGUGAUUAGGUUUUAUAUGUUUUGUAUGAUGAUGCAGUCUUUAAGACCGUAAUCUUCACGGAGUAAAGGGGCAUCUUCCCUACAAAGUUCAUGUACCUCGAUACCAUAAUUCAAUAAAACGUAUGAAAAAAUA